CUCAACCUCGUUCCCAACUCCUAAUCGUCGAGAAUUCCAGGGAGCAAAAUAAAAUGGGUGUGAUUAGAUCACUUUUAGACUGGCUUUUUGCAAUCUACUUCAUCACACAUAUCCCUAUUGCCAUUUUCUUUGAUUCACAGAUGUUACUGCCGUCAUGGUUAUACCCUGAAGUGGCAAGGAACACAGUUCUGUGGUAUAGCAAGGAAUAUAAAGACCCUAUGGUUGUGGCUGCUCCAGUAUGGUUUAAGUCCUUCAUAGUUUGUGAGAUCACCAUGCAACUUCCUUUCUUCUUUUUUGGAGCUUAUGCUUUCGUCAAAGGAGGUUGUCGGUGGAUCCGCACUCCCCUCCUGAUCUACGCUAGCCACGUCGUCACAACAAUGCUGCCCAUAAUGGCACAUAUUAUGCUCCACGACUUCAGCAAGGAUGAGCCAAAGUUACCUGGACCAAGUUCAUUAGAGGACAGACUCGUGGUUUUAGCCAUCUACUCUGCAUAUUUCAUUAUUCCUGUUAUGAUGAUUCUGAGAAUGCUCUUGGAUAAGGAAUAUUGUGGAAAGCAGAAAUCCGAGUGACAUUGAGAGAGGCCUUAAGCUCCUUAACUUAGUGAUUUAUAUUGAUUUUCAAUGUGAUAUCUAUGACCAUGUCCAUGCGGUUUGAAGACUACCAUCCUAUAUCAGGAUGGAUUGUGAUUAUAAUCAGGGAAAUUUGAACAUGGCAGCUGUAUAUUCUUGAUGGUUUUCCAUCUCCAUGCAUGCUCAGGAUGUUAAAACAAACGGUCCACAACAUUGUCCAAUGAUACACAGAUAUGAAAUAAUCCUCAUGACAACUAAAGCACUUAAAAUAUGGUUCGUCUCAGAUACCAUUAAUAACCUCCAUCAGGCAGGCUUUGAGU